UCAAAUUUUGUCAGUGGUUUUCACUUCACUCGAAUUUGGGGUCAAAUUUCUUAAAACUAGAAAAUAUUAUUGUAACACAAAUUGAACGGAUUAUUUUUAAUAACAAGGUUUUGCAAAAUUCUAUUAUUUUUCCCGUGGGACACGUGUCAUAACUUUGUAUAUUAGAGUUACAAAUAAGAAUAUCGACGAUGUCAGCUCAACUGGGGAAUAUGCAGCAGAAAAAGUCUGUUCUUAGUGCGUACCUUCUGUGGAUAUUCGGUGGGAUAUACGGAUUGCAUCAUUUUUACUUGGGUAGAGAUUUCCAAGCAUUCGUGUGGUGGACAACUCUUGGCGGUUUCGGAGGGUGGCUGGCUGACGUGGUGAACAUCCCGCGGUAUGUGAGAGACGCUAAUGGAGAGCCAGUCCAUAUGCUGGAGCUCGUGAAGAAAAUGCGACAGUGUAAGAAGCCACCAUUCUCUGUGAACCGUUUCACUGGCAUGCUAGCUGUGGGCUACACUUGGGCUAGCUUGUUGCUGUCCGCCGUGCCAAAUGAUGAGGUCUGGGAUAUCAAUUUCAAGUUUCUCAACUGGCUGGUUCCCCUAGCUGCUGCCCUGGGUGUAUGGGCAGUGGGCAAUAUAGGCCGGGAGAAAGGCGGUCUCAAAUGGCCGCUCCUCGCUGCGUACGCGUCGUACCCCAUCCGCUACUAUUACUAUGACAAGAGCGUGUGGAUAACACUUAUGGUGCUGACAUCCGCGCUGGUGUUCGACUCCUACUCGAAGCAGUGGAGGCGAGACCCACCGAAAAAACGACACGUGGCCAAGCGUCUAGCGGUGCUGGGAGUGUGCGCCACCCUGUAUCUCUCGCUCUGGGCGAGCUCGCUGUACUUCAAUGACACGUUCACGGACGCAGACGGUGUGCGGAUCCCCAUAUACCAGGCUCUGGAACAACUGGUCUACGGCGAGUGGUGGUCCGACGUGCAGCAGUUCGUAUUCGACGUGUACCAGUUCGCGCAGCACCACGGCUGGUACGAGGUGUGGAAGCAGGUCGUCGAACUCUGCGACCCCGAGGACGAGCAAAACGCUUACAAGGUGCUUGGAGUUGGUCCGGACGCGAGCCAGCAGGAGAUAACCAGACGCUGGCGCCGCUUGUCCCGGGAAAACCACCCGGAUAAGGCCAAGUUGGAAGACCGGCGAGCGGCCCAGGAAAAGUUCAUGGAGAUCCAGCAAGCCUAUGAAAUCCUAUCUGUGGGCAAGCACCGUCGGUUUUCUCGCAACAAGAAGGACAACUCCGUACAGGACGGUCCCAUACACAUGUAAACUUGGCCCCAUACCCGUUCAAGCUGGUCCCAAACGCACUAUAAGGUUCAGCGUACGCUGCGGCGCAAGCGAACGGGACAGUGGUCCAUAAAGCCCACCUUAGUCACUAUUCAUCCCCCGAGGGCGUUAUCCCUAAUUAUGCAUUUUGGGUCAUAUGUCUACAGGGGAGAAAAAAAUUAUGUUACCUAAUAAGUCAUUUCCGAUAGUUGCAGUGUCAAAAGAAUAUUGAUGUAGCAGAGGACUUCUAAAUACCCAACUUUUACUUUAAUACAAAAGUUUGGACACGUCCUAUUACACACUUAUUUUUAUUGUAAAAUUACUUGUGAAAAAUUAAACCUGUGUGUGUUUGUGAACGUAGUUUUACGUAAGAAAUCAGAAAUCGAGUGUCGAAAUUUGCAACGAACAAUUAUACGUUUCCAAUAAAUUAGGCGUUUGUCUAGUUUUUGUGGUGCUAAUCAAUACGAAAAAAGCAAAUAAUUGCUCAAAUAUUCAUGUUUACUAUUUUUAUUCAUAACUUUCGAAUCUCAUCAACUGAGUGCGUUUUCAGCUCGUAUUAAAAAAACUGACAUUGAGAUUAGAAAAGGUUCCCAAGUUCAGUCUUAAGCAUUGAUUGACUGUAACUUGAGGACUUGAUCUCAGUUUACUAUUACGACCGUUUAGGAAUAUUUUAGUUUUGUAUAAACAUAUGUAGCGCGGUCAUAGUGAAUCGACUCCGCCCGAUACGGCUUACAAGGGGAGUCCGCCGUUCCCAUACGUCCCCGCUUUGCUUGCGCACCGGUACUUACUAUGAGUAUACAAACAUAUUCUAUACUCUCAUGAGUAUACAAGAUUGAUUAUACUUAUGAUAUAAGCUUGUAUGCUAUAACGUGCCUGGCGACGUCGUAGUGACAACGAUCGGUUGGUUCAUUGUCUCUUGCAGAGAUUUCCACAUACAACUCUACUGCUGCCAACUCAAAUGGCUCCCACGUUAUCUUGAUUUCGGCUGAAUACCUAGUGGGGGGUCUAUUAGUGCUGCUCUUCCUGAUACCGAGUCGCCACUCCAGCACUUUGGUCCCUCAUUUCCUCACACUAUGCAACGUUGAGUUGUCAUUUACUCUGGUUCUUCUACGCCAUUUUUAAUUGAUCGAUCAGAAUUAACCCCUACAGUCAUUAAUAGCCCAUAAAAGUUCAACUAAAGGCGGUUUGUUCUUAAGCACGAUGCUGGGCGCAAUUGGUGAUGAUCGCAGGAGAUACGCUGCUGCCUGUUUUCUGUCUGCUAGAAGAGGAGUAAAAUCGGCGACUCUUGUCAAAGAUCCAAGUAUUUCUAGCCACUAGGUAUAUAUGUAAGUAACGCACAUUUAAAGUGUUUAUAUGAUAUCAAAAGUAUAGUAGGAGUAUAGUAGGUCUUUCCCCCUGCAACAAACUUAGAUAGAUUCCGACCUAUACCUUCCAAUUGGUUGUCAAUCUUUCACCAUUUUUCUCUACGUAUGUAUUAUGUAUUAGUUAUUACGUUUUAUAUAUUUUAUAGAUAAUUAGGGAAUUAUUUGGAAUUUUGGGUGCAAAUUCAUCCUAUUACCCGUUAAACAGAAAUUAAAAGAAGAUCACUUGUCUGUAUUAAUAGUAACACUAACGCCACUGUUUCAAUUAAAGUAUAGUGUCGCUAUCAAAAUAACUGGUUCUUAUCGAGCUCAUAUUAUCAUAGCUGGUAGAUUAUUUAAUGACUUGGGAAAUAUUAAUAAUAAUUAAAAAAAUAUAUAUAUAUGUGUACGCUACUGCCGAACACGACGAAUUAUUAGAAAAUGGCGCCGUUCAGUCGCCAUGUUUGAUUAAUUUAAAAAAUGAUGUUAAGAUUCUAAAUAAGUUUAUUGCUUGGGGGACGACGACGACAUUAAAUCGAAAUAUUUUGGUGGAUGUUUAUUAUUUUGUUAAUUAAAAUGCAUUUAUUAUAGAUUG